GUCGUCCCUCGCGUCCUCGUCGCCAGCGGUCUUGCUCCCUCUGCCUCGUAUUCUGCUCUUCUGCCAUUACUGCACCCAACGCCUGGUGUGCUCCAGUGCUCGCGUCUUGCCUCUCUUCCUGCAGCUGUGCUUCCUGCCGCUGAGGCUGAGGCUAGGGUUCUCCCUCUCGAACCGGUGGAGAAAGACCUAUUAUGGUUGCCGGUUAAAUCCCUAAUUCGGUUCAGAUGCUCAGACUUUGAAACUGAUCGCGUGGAACCUAGCCAACUCCUCACCCUUUUGCAUCACUCCGAGCCCACUUCCCAUGGCGAGCUGAUAAAUUUUAAUCAUUCCCCUAGUAGUGAUUUCCAUGAGACUUUGCAAGCUUCCUCCCCUUCCAUCGUGCAGCCACCGUGGGAACGUCGAAGCCUCCGUCGCGCAGCCACGCCGCCGCCGUCCCUAGCUCUGUUGGUCACUCGGUUCGAAGGUGCUCCACCACUGCUCCUUGUCUUGGUCACUCGGUGUCUCUGUCUCCCUCUUGCAUGCUCUGUUGAAGGCGUCUUCGAGCUUUCAGAUGAGUGGUGCACCAGACUCUCCGAUACAUUCAUCCAGUAGUGAUGACUUCAUUGCCUAUCUUGAUGAAGCAUUAGCUGCAAGUUUGCCAGAUGCAUCAUCCGAUAAAGAAGUUGAAAAUCAAGAUGAGCUGGAAAGUGUCAGAAUAAAAAGGCGCAAGUUUGAAAGUGACGAGGAAACUGAGGAGUCUACUUCAGAAGGAAGCGUGAAACAGAGUUUAGGUAAUUUUAAAUGUUUAGUUACUAUCUUUUCUCGGAAGUGCUGUAGCUUUUGCUUUUUUUUUUUGGUUAUUGCAGGAGAAUCUGUAGAAGAUGUGUGCUCACAUCUUGGUUCAUUUGGAGACAUGUGCAUACGUUGUGGGCAAAAGUUGGAUGGUGAAUCUGGUGUGACAUUUGGCUACAUACACAAGGGACUGAGACUUCAUGAUCAGGAGAUAUCUAGACUGCGCAAUACAGAUGCGAAUAAUCUGCGUAGUCGUAGAAAGCUCUAUUUGAUCCUCGAUUUAGAUCACACUCUGUUAAAUUCCACUCAUCUUGCUCAUUUAAACUCUGAAGAGUUGCAUUUAAUUUCCCAGGCAGAUUCUGUUGGAGGUGUUUCCAAGAGUAGCCUUUUCAAAUUGGAGAAAAUGCAUAUGAUGACCAAGUUGAAGCCUUUUGUCCGCACAUUUCUAAGAGAAGCAAGUGAAAUGUUUGAGAUGUACAUAUACACCAUGGGUGAUCGACCCUAUGCAUUAGAGAUGGCUAAGCUGCUUGAUCCUCAAGGAGAAUACUUCAAUGCAAAGGUGAUUUCUCGAGAUGAUGGCACUCAAAAGCAUCAGAAGGGUCUUGAUAUUGUGUUGGGGCAAGAAAGUGCUGUUGUGAUUCUUGAUGAUACAGAACACGCAUGGGUGAAGCAUAAAGAUAAUCUGAUUCUGAUGGAAAGAUACCACUUUUUUGGUUCAAGUUGCCGGCAAUUUGGUUUCAAUUGCAAAUCUUUAGCUGAAUUGAAGAGUGACGAAGAUGAAGCUGAAGGAGCACUCUCUAAAAUCCUUAAAGUUCUUAAACAAAUUCAUUACAAAUUCUUUUAUGAACUUGAAGAUAUUGCUGAACGAGAUGUAAGGCAGGUUUUGAAAUCCCUUCGAAGGGAAGUCUUGAGCGGAUGCGUGAUUGUUUUCAGCCGUAUCUUCCAUGGAGCAUUACCAUCACUCUGGAAGAUGGCUGAGCAGUUGGGAGCCACUUGUUUAACGGAACUUGACCCCUCCGUGACACAUGUGGUUGCUACUGAUGCCGGAACUGAGAAGGCCCGGUGGGCAGUGAAAGAGAAGAGGUUUUUGGUUCAUCCGCGAUGGAUAGAGGCUGCAAAUUAUUUUUGGGAAAAGCAACCUGAGGAGAACUUUGAUGCGAUUUACAUUUUAAUUGUUUAA